CCUCUGGUUUUUCCCCAGGUAGUGUCGGGGGAGUUCAGCGAGGACAGUGAGGUAUACAACUUUACACUCCACACGGGGGAUGAGCUGACUCUCAUGGGACAAGCUGAGAUCCUGUGCGCUAAGACGGUAAAGGAGAAGUCCCGUUUCAACACCAUCUUGAAGAAACUGGGCAAGACCGGCACGCUGGGCAAGCAGGUGAAAGGUAAAAUGCCCUGCUUGAUAUGCAUGAACCAUCGAACCAACGAGAGCUUGAGCCUUCCGUUCCAGUGCAAGGGCAGCUUCAGCACCCGGAGCCCGUUGGAGCUACAGAUGCAGGAGGGUGAGCACACCAUCCGAAGCAUUAUUGAGAAGGUUCGGCUGCCCGUCAACGUCAUAGUGCCUACACGCCCUCCUCGCAACCCCUAUGACCAGCACAUUAUCCGUGAAGGUCAUCGAUACAAGCUGGUCAGCAUCAUCUCCAAAACGGUGGUUCUUUGUUGUCUUCUACGUAAGGGGGAGGUCAACCCCUUCCAUUUCUUGCUGCUCACAGACAUGCCUCGUUUUUCACUCCCCGAGGGUCUCCUUUGUGGUGACCCCAGCUUUGACAAGCUAGUCAAGGACUGCGCACUUUCCUGCCAGGAACAGAAGUUCAACCCGGAUGAGUAUUCCAAGGCUGUGCGAGAGACCAAGACGGAUUUUGCCGAGGAGUGUGCCAGCCCGCGUAAGAUACGGGUUUGUUUGCAGGGAUUCUCAGCCGGCUCAAUCAACUACACCCGCGAGGAGCUGAGCCAGGGCCUACAGCGCUUAUCCCUGUGUGUAUACAGCGGGACAAUCCCAGAGGACACCAGCCCCCAGGAUUGUCAAGAGGCCCAACGCCAGGGACUGGGGUCUUCGUCUGACAACUCAGACUUGGAUCGGGAGUACAUGACACCAGAUUGGUUGGAACAUGAUUUUAGGACUCAGGAACAGUUGGAGAUACCCUACGAAGAACUCUGGACCAACCAGAAUGUGGAGAAUUACUCGGAGCCCAGCAGCAAGCCUGUCGGGCUGGAGAGUGGCAACAAGACCCAACAGGACCUUAUCUCCUUUGUGACCUCUCCUUCUCCUUUUGAGGGCAAGUCUUGUUCUCCACCUCCACCAGCCUUAAGUAUUGAUGAAGUGAAGACAGAAGCCCCUCCGCCGGUGCCCCCCAAAUCUGAAGCAGUAAAGUACGAAUGUCGCCUUCUGAAUGCCCCACCAGUGCCCCCUCGUGAGGGCCGGCUCUUCUCCUCAUCGUCCAGCCCUCCUGUCCCACCACGGUAUCCGAAAGUCCAACUCCCCCAGACGCACUCACCCAGCCCCAGCCUCUCCUACUACUCAUCGGGACUGCAUGACAUAUCAGGAAAUCGCAGUGGCAAUUGUUCCCCCUCCCCGGAUUCCUAUUCCUUAUACUGCUACCCUUGUACCUGGGGGGACUGCAAGGCGGGAGAUGCAUCCACCCGGCAGAUGUCUAACAGCAUGGCCUCCACUGCCCAACCCACGCAGACGUCCUGGUCGGAUUCUUGGGCAUACGCGGACACCGGUCCAAGUGUGGCCAGCGGCCGCUCUACCCCCGUGCUGAGCACAGACAACGCCAUUAAGACUUACUACAGCUGCCCCAGGUUGAAGCCCCCACAAACCCCAAAACGGUUCGCCCCUUUCGGAGCCUUAAACCCUUUCGCCAACCCAGCCUUUGCCUCUCCUCCUUCGUCCUCCGGGGACUGGUUGGAUCCUGCGGAGCGCGCCAAAUCCUCCUCGUCCUCCGUCUCAGACGUCCUGGAUCCCUUCGACGUCGGUAAUAGUCAAAGCACAUCCCCGGACUCCUCUUCCAUCGGGUCGGAGCUGCGAUUUGUGCCCGAAGCCGUAUUUAAAAGCGGGGGAGCGGGGACUUGCCCUGCUCCGCCGCCCCGGCCGGCAAAAGGGUUAGAGACUGAGAACAUUGUAAUUAGGAGCGCAGCCCCAAUGUCGCCCACCAUUGUAAGAGGAGCAGAGGGCGGGAUCACAAGAGUUUAUCUAACUCAAGGCGUCAUCGAGGUGCCGCCAAUCUCGUCCAGGAGCAGCACGGAGGCAUCUUCCUCUCACACUCCUGGCGCCCCCAGAGCUCCCGGGGACCCCGCAGCUUGGCACCCGCCCCCCGAUCUAUCGGCUCUGUCGGUGGAGGAGGUCUCCAGGUGCCUCAGGUUCAUCGGGCUGUCCGAAGACGUGGUGACGUUCUUCGUGAGGGAGCGGAUAGACGGCAGCAUCUUCGUCCAGCUGACGGAGGAGAUCCUUUUGGACGACUUCAAGUUGACUAAACUUCAGGUGAAGAAGAUCAUGCAGUUCAUCAAAGGAUGGAGGCCUAAGAUAUAGAGGGCAGCG